AUGGCAGAGAACACCCGUAUGAAAGAGCUAUCAGCGAAGAUGGAGACCGUCUUAGCAGUCUUGGAUCAAAAGGAGGAAAAGGAUCGUGCAAAGGAGGAAAGGAUUUCUUUGAUUGAACAAUCACUAGCAUCGAUUGCACGAUGUAUGGAAGCUCUACAGAUUCAGGCAUUUCAACCUUCAUCAUCUCAGUCUACACAUAUUCCUACUGAAUUUCCUUCUGGAUCAGAUCAUCAGUUGGUUCCAACAGCACAUAUGCGAUCUGUUAAGAUGGAUUUUCCAAGGUUUAAUGGUAGUAAUGCUCUGCAGUGGAUUUACCAGGCCGAACAAUUUUUUGAUUAUUAUGAUGUCUCUGAUGCUUAUAGGCUGAAAAUGGCUUCCAUUCACUUUGACGGCCCUGUUGUUCCAUGGUUUCAGAUGUUACAGAAGUCUGGCACAAUCACUUCAUGGAGUGUUCUAGCUAAAGCAAUUGAAAGCACUUAUGGUCCUUCUUUGUUUGCUUGCCCUAGAUCUUCUCUUUUCAAAUUAAUGCAGGAGGGUACAGUUGCCGAAUAUUAUGACACAUUUACUGCUUUGGCUAACCGUGUAGAGGGUCUUUCUAAUGAUGCUAUGCUAGAUUGUUUCCUAAGUGGAUUGCAGACAGAGUUACAGUGUGAGGUAAUUCCCUGGCAACCUGAUUCCAUUACCAAAGCUUUUUCACUGGCCAAAUUAUUUGAGGAGAAACAUGCUAUUGGAGACAAAGGCCGUAAGAUCAAACAUGGGUUUUAUCCAAAUUAUUCUGCUUCUGUUAAGAAGCCAGUACCACAACUUACUGGGAAUCCAACUCCAUUAGCAUUACCAGCUCCUCCUGGAGCUUUGCCCAAGCCACCAGUUGCUGCUAGUACUUCAACGGCUUCACCUCCAUUUCGAAAGAUGUCCUAUAAUGAGAUGCAAUUGCGUAGAGCCAAAGGGCUGUGCUAUAAUUGUGAUGAAAUUUUUACUCCUCAGCAUAAGUGUGCCAAUCGGCGCCUACUAGUCUUACAAUGGGAUGAUGAUAUUCAAGUGCCUGAGGAAUUGCAAUUCGAAGAUGACUUAGUGGUGGCAAACACACUAGAACAAGAGUUUCAGAGUCUUUCUUUGCAUGCCAUGAACCGUCGGAUGGUGUCGGGUACCUUACGGUUUACGGGUUAUAUUAAUGGCUAUUCGAUACAGAUCCUAUUAGACGGGGGUAGUGAUGAUAAUUUCAUCCAACCCCGUGUAGCAAAAUUCUUACAACUUCCGGUGUUGCCAACUGAAGCUUUUAAAGUGUUUGUGGGCAAUGGCAGUUUUCUUCAAGUGGAAGGAGUAGUGGAGAAUCUUCCACUUAGGGUACAAAAUCAUAUCAUACAUCUUUCAGUAUUUUUACUGCCUAUUGUUGGAGCUGAUAUUAUCAUUGGUACGUCUUGGUUAGCCACUCUUGGACCCCAUAUUGUCGAUUAUAAUGCUAUGACAUUACAAUUCUACCUCAAUGAUGAAUUCAUUACACUGAAGGGUGAUACAUACUUCAAGCCUCACAAAUCGUCCGUCCAUCAAUUGUCACGAUUGUAUUCUACUAAAUCCAUUGCAGCGUGUUUCACAUUGACUAGAGCACCACAACUUGAUUCUGCUACAGCUCAAUCUUCAGCUUCAUCUGCAGUAAGUAAUACGAUGACAUCCACUUUGCAAUUUUCUGCAGACAUGCCAGUUCAAUUACAGAACUUGUUAUUGCAAUAUCAAGAUGUUUUUCAGAUUCCUUGUGGUUUGCCUCCAUAUCGGAAUUACAAUCAUAAGAUUCCUUUGUUUCUCGGCUCGCACCGUGAAGGUUAG